AUGGCCGCUCCAUUUGUCUCCCUUCUCAAUGGCGUGAUCAACCCCAAGAUUGAGGCAAGCUCGUUCUCUGUUGUCACAAAUGUCCAAAACAACAAUGGGGUGGCCCAUGGAAUGGACCUGCUCCGCAGGCAUUGUUGCCUCGGAGCCCGCCUCGAUUCAAAUGAGCGAUUUGAUCCCCCUCGGUGCGACGAAGCUACGCGCGUAGAGCUUUCACGAGAGCUUAUGGAUUGGAUUAUGAGCGAAGAUGACUGCGCAUCGAUGCUGGUGCUCUAUGGGUCGGCAGGAUCUGGAAAGUCCGCCCUUGAGCAACUGGUGGCGGAAAGGUGCAAAAAGGAAGGGCAAUUAGCAGCGAGUUUCUUCUUCUCUCGAACUUCUCCCAACGCUCUACGAAGUGACGGAAACACACUGAUCCCAACGCUCGUGUACCAACUCCUACAAGUCUUCCCAUGGCUCAAAGAAAGUGUCGUGAAGGCAAUUGAAGACGAUCCUGGCAUUCUUGAGCUAUCCCGCAGCGCUCUGAUGGAGGAACUCUUUGUGAAGCAUUUCCUAUCCCCUCUGAAUCAAUAUCCGGGAUACGGCAUCCACCCUAGAUUGAUAGCCAUUGACGGUCUCGACGAAUGCAGCGGCCAGGACAUCCAACGCGAUCUGCUCUCCAUCCUGGUUUCUUCGAUCUCUCAACUUCGAUACCCAUUUCGAUUCUUCCUUACCUUUCGUCCCGAGCCCCAUCUUAUGCAAGUGGUUGACCAUCAUCCAGGUUUCCAGAGCCCUCGCCUACGCCGCCUCGAUCUCAGUGAAGACCCGAAUGUGCAUGAUGACAUUCGCACCUUCCUGGAACACGAAUUCAUCGGUAUUCGAAAGACUCAUCCGCUAAGUCGCUAUAUCCCACAUUCUUGGCCUUCAUCGGACUUCAUUUCUGUCCUUGUCAAAAAUGCCUCGGGCCAAUUCAUCUACGCCGAUACCGUCAUAAGAUUUGUCAGAUCACCCAAACACCGACCAGAUGAUCGACUGAAUAUCAUCCUUGGAUUAGAAAUUGCGCGAGGAAAUGAAAACCCCUUCACCCAACUUGACGCUGUAUAUCACUACAUCUUUUCCUGCGUAAAAGACCUGGAUACUGUGUGGCGCAUCCUUGGGGUGAUCGAACUCUUGGGGCAAUGGAAGAUUUCAGGAAUCAAUCAUGCUGACGCCGACAUUUCGCCUUCUACAUUCACAAGUCCUACGUCUCUCCAAAAUGUUUUCAUGGUUCGCCCUGGCGAGAUUGAGGUGGCCUUGAGCGAGUUGACAUCUGUCGUCACUUGCCCCUCUCCAGAUCUUCCGAUCAAGGUCAUUCAUGCUUCACUUUUUGACUUUCUCCUCAAUCCAACUCGGUCUGGCCCAUAUGCCCUUGAUGUUUCCCUUGCACAUGAAACCAUUGCGCAGUGGAGAUGGAUUCAAAUUAGCACCCAGGGCAACGAAAAGAAUCAAAAGCUGAAAUUCAUAAAGCAAUUUCUAUUUCAUGGGCGAUACGCGAGACUCUCGGACAAACAGCGGCAAUUGGUCGGAAAUGCUGCAUUAGUUUUAGUCGAUGCCAUUGGCCAUGAUGACUGGUUGGAAUAUGAGCAUGUUCAGCAGUAUGACGUCUAUUUCCGGGACCUCAGCCUUGUGUUCCAAAGAACGGAAUUUCAUCACCGAGAGGAGUCGCUCGAGUUUAUUAGCGCAAUAGGAGCAAAAUUGAAAUCCAUGAGGUGUAACCACACUGAUACCAUUUCAAGAAUCUUCUGGACCAAAUUUGAAGCCCUCCAAUGCAGUAAGGACGAUUGCGUAGUCUCGUCACAAGGUGGUGAAAAGGGUCUCCGCUCCCUGAACAAUCGGACUGCGCAAGCCAUGAGAAGUCUAGGAGCAAGAUUUAAACUUCAGGCGCGGAAUCAUUCACAGACAGCCGUUGAACAAGGGAAAGAGCUUGCAGGGGAUACAACAUCUAUACCCGGCCGGACUCAAUGGGCAAUACGUGUUGCCAGGCUCCUGGUGUGGACGCAAGCAGCACAGAACAAUUCUCGCGACUUCGAUCCACAGUGUCUGGCGGUAUUGAAGCAGUGUCUUCUCUUCGCAUUCGAGUCUCUUGACGCUCAUUGGGUAAUCCAUACUUCGGAUGCUGCCGUUGUCCUCUUCAUCGCGACGCUUCUCCCCCACUGCGCUCCAGGACUCAAAGACCCGGUCCUUGAGAUUGAUAGGGAUCUCUUCUUGAAAGUUCAGGCGACGAGGUCCAGUUCCUCAGCAAGAUCGCUUUUCUUACAGGAAAAUCCGCCUGCCUUACAACAAUUUCCGAAGAUCAUGGAAAAUUAUCAUCAAGAAGCGCGUGCUUAUCUUGAAAGGAUGAAGAGCCGAAUUGGCGCUGGAAGUCUGUAA